CUCGCCAUAGGAAGGGCCGAGCUCCGCAGCUUAUCGAUCUAUUCACUCAUCCUGACUUCGCCUGAACAUCUCAAACAGCUUUAUCUCAAAGUGUAUCCGGAUUACGACUCAUACCAGCUAACCUCGUACCCAAACCCAGAUACAUGGGGCUCACGUCAGAUCAAACAAAAGGCUACUUGCGACCUGAUGCUGCGGUUGUGGCAGGACUUUGUUCAGAAAAGGACACUUGAACAGAUCGAAGUGACCUUCGUUUCGCCAGGUGGAAGCACCAAAAUAUGGUACUAUAUCGUGUCUCCGAAAUGCCAUAAGAGAGCUUCGGAUAGGAUAUGGAAAAGUAAAGUCGAGGUUCAGAUGCGCGAAGAGGGGACAGACUACGAUCCAGCCACUUUUGAUCCGUUUGGCUAA